GCCACCAAAUCUCUAGCGCCGGCUCUGCUAGUUUCUAAUGUUUUUUUAUUAGCGAGAGAAAAUUUCGUUCUGAUAAAAUUUGUUUGAGAAACGCUUUGAUGACUUCUCCUUCUCUAGUGUCUGAUGGAUCAAGCUGGUCUAAACUUCCUUUAGAUCUCUUGAACAUGGUUUUUGAACGUGUUGGUUUUGUAGAUUUCCAACGAGCUAAAUCAGUGUGUCCCGCUUGGUUACAUGCUUCGAGACAUUCAACGCCAAACAAUCAGAUCCCUUGGCUCAUUAUGUUUCCAAAAAACGGUAAAGAUUAUUGUCUUCUUCUUAAUUCUGAGGAAAAAAAGAAGGUGUAUAGAAUUCAAGAUCUUGGUGUUGAAUUCGAAAGUAGUCAUUGUUUGGUGAUUUAUGGAAGCUGGCUCUUUAUGAAAGAUGCUAGAUACAAUCUCUUUAUUAUGAAUAUAUUUACUCGCGAGAAGAUUAGUCUUCCGUCUGUGGUGUCACGAUUUGGUAAAAUAAAGAUUACAAGAACCAUCCAUGAUAUGUUGUGUCUAACUAUUGAUGAUGAAUAUGAAGGAAAACCUGAAAAACACAUCAGUAUUGACUUCCCUAGAUUAUGGAUAGAUGAUAAAACCAAAAAUUAUGUGGUUAUGUGGUCAAUCCGAUCCUAUCUUGUUUAUUCAAAGAGAGGAGAUAAUUGUUGGAAACAUGCUGAUCGCUGCAGUGUUAACAUGUUUGAGACUGUUGAUAUAGUAUGCAUAGAUCAUAAGAUUUACUUGUAUAGUAUAUCACGUGAUGUCAAAGUUAUGGAAUUUUCUGGAGAUAUUCUGCGACAAAUCUUUGAAACGCAAGUUGACUAUGAUAUUCUCCUGGAAAAGGGAAUUGAAAGCGAGGCUCGUCAUAUAUGGAAAGCUAAAACAGAACAUCUUGUGGUCACUAUGGCUGGAGAAUUUCUUAGAGUUAAAAGCAUAAUUGAUUCUGAUUUUUGGUACUUCCGCAUCUACAAAAUGGAUUCUUCAAAUAACAAAUGGGAGAAACUUACUUCUUUGGAAGACGAGGCAAUACUUUUGGAUCAAGGUAUCACUGUGCUUGCUAGCGCCACUGAAAGAAUUAAUAGAAAUUCAAUAUAUUUCAGUGGUUAUCGUUCCCUUUAUUAUUUCGGAUUAGACCGUGUUUGGAGUGAAGAAGACAUCUUUGUCUUCAGUCUCGACACACAAGAUGUUGAAACACCACAUCAUAGUAUUUUUCGCUCUAUUCAAUUAUCUGGCGCUCGAUGGUUUGUGCCAAAUUUCAAACAUACAUGAUUGAUCUCAACUCUGUUAUA